AUGGUGCAUGUAGCCGAUCGUGAACGACGUGUGCAGUACAAAGAGUUAUUGAAACGAAUGCAAAGAGCCGAAGAAUUGCGUGUUGUAGUCGAGAAACUGGAAGUACGUAAGAGUAUUGCCGAUCGAAAGAAGGGUGAAUUUCGACCCAAAAAGGUGAGUAAAGGUGAGCCGAUGAGAGCACGUGUAUUCAAGUGGACUUAUGAAAGGAAGAAGUAA